UAGGAACAAGGAAGUUGUCCGCAAUUAGAUAUUUUUAAUCUUCCUUUCAUGUUGAACAAGCCGCAUGAUUAGUGUGAUCGAUCAUUCGAUAUCCACAGAUGGCAGGUCAUUCUUCACCCUUGGCACAAGACCAUGUAGUUUGUGAAUUCUGCAAAGCAAGUAAUGCAGAGUAUCUUUGCAAAACGUGCAACGACAGAGUAUGCGGUAUCUGCGAAAAAGUCCACCACAAUAUUCAUUCUAACACAGAACUAAAAGCAGCGAGACUUGGAAAUGUGCAGGGAUUUUGCAGGCAUCAUUCUGGACAAAGGUACGAGGUUUGUUGUUACGACUGUCGCGUACCAGUGUGUACAGCAUGUAUUAUAGAUUCCCAUAACAAACAUAAAAUGGUGACUAUCUCCGUCUUGUACGAGGAGGACAAGGCUGCCAUUUUAGGUGAUAUAUCGGAAAUGAAGAACAAAAUUUAUCCAGAAGUAGAUUUGGUUAGGCAAGGUAUGAUGUCGGUUUUGGAAACCAUUCCCAGUAAAUGUCUGAUGGUCGCACAAUACCUAAAAACACGGGCUGAAAAGGCGAAGCAACAGAUAGAGCAGAUAUUUGAGGAGGCUACAAGCCAACUGAGAGAAAUGGAGAAGCAGGAUGUACAAACCUUUACAAAACAUAUUGCUCAAAUUGAUGACAUGAUGUCAAACUUAAAUAAAACAACAAGUCUAUAUGAAAGUCAACUUCAAAUGAGGUAUGAAUCUGACUUGAUUUUAUUUAGAAGAGCCAAUCCAGAAAUGUCUAGUCUCAAGGCUAUUCCAGAUACACUCAAGUAUUCACCGCCCUUCUUCAAAGGAGGAAAAUCAGACAAAGCAAAGCUUAGCAAAUUCUUUGGGGAACUUCAAGUGUCAUCAAUAAAACACACUAAAAUUAGAAAAAUAAGACAGAAAUCAAAUCGUUCACAGGCCAGAGUUGCUCUGGUCAGUAGUUUGGGAAACAUUUUGUCCAUCCCAUCGUCUAAAUCUCCAUCCACUGGUCAAGCAUUCUCCAAUCCCCCAAGCAGGAGUACGUCCUUGACAAAAUCAGCGAAGAGUGUGAAGGAUUUCAAAAGGAGUUACAGCGUUCUGACAACAGUUAACUGUGUGUCUCCUCAGAAAGCAUGGAUAAGUGGGCAACAUCCAGACAUCAAACUGAUGGACCUCGAUAGCGGAGAGUGUCAAGGCAUUCCCACGGAGUGCACGACGAGCGGUCCGUCAGGAAUGACCGUCGAUAAAAAUGGGGACAUUAUCUACUCAGAUUUUGAAGAGAAAUCUGUUGCGAAAUUAGUUACAGGAAGCAAAGAUAUGGUCACACUUUUUCAUACCGAUUGGAAUCCUAAGGAUCUAUGCAUUGGAAAUCAGGACGAAAUGUUUGUCUGCCUAGUUGAAAACCACGAAGGAAAAGUUGCGAAAUUCAAUAAAAAUGGUCAGUUAUUGGUACAGUUCGUAUUAGAUGCGGAAGGAAACCGUCUUUUUGAGGAACCAAGUUACAUUUGCACCAACCUUAUUUCUGACAUUUGCAUUUCCGACACGCGGAAACAUGCGAUUAUAGUGUUGGAUACCACCGGAAGAAGAAAAUUCGAGUAUAGGAGAAGCGAUGCUGACGACCGUCACCCGUUUGAUCCUCGUGGUAUUGACACUGAUUCGGAUGGUAACAUCAUAGUGGUGGACUACGGAAACUAUGAAAUAAUUUUAAUCAGUAACAGCGGAGAAUUCCUUGCUUGUUUGUUGGACCGAAAUGACGGACUUUCCCGGCCCUGUGACGUCAGUCUGGAUAAUGAGAACAAGCUCUGGGUAGCGGAAUGUCGCUCGGGGAAAGUAAAAGUGUUCCAGAUCUUCUCUUAAUGCACGAAUGGAAACAUUUUCAAUUCGUGAAUUAUAAUAAGCACUACAAAGGGAGUUGGCUUGAUUAUUAAUAAAAGUAUUUGAACUUC